AUGGAAUCGCUCACCCGUGCUUCUCUUAAGGUCUGUCCCUUUGUCAGAUCGAAAACCACUCAAGCUCUUCGUCACUUGAGUGAAACCUCCAGCUUGACCCAGCAUGCCAGAGCAUGUCCUUUUGCAGGCGCUGCUUUGAGUGCUAGAGAGUACUCCAUGUCGUCUAAGCCAGCACAGGCUUCUAGCGCCCCUGCUACCUCGACUCCAAGGGUCGCAUCCACUUACUCUUUUGGAGAUGCAGACUUGGUAGCCAACAAAAUCAACCUCCUGGACAGAUCCACCAACGAGCAGGCAUUUGACUAUGACGGAUACCUUGAGGAUGCAUUGGACAAGAAACGUCAGGACAAGUCUUACCGUUUUUUUAACAACAUCAACAGAUUGGCUGAAGAGUUUCCUAGAGCACAUUUGACUGAGGAAGCUGAGAAGGUUACAGUAUGGUGUGCCAACGACUACUUAGGAAUGGGAACCAACGCUAAGACUAUUGCUGCUAUGAAGGAGACUUUGGAUAAGUACGGAGGAGGUGCUGGAGGAACCAGAAACAUUGCUGGUCAUAACCAGCAUGCUAUCAAAUUGGAGGCAGAGAUUGCUGCGUUACACAAGCAUGAGGCUGCGUUGGUGUUCAGCUCAUGCUUUGUGGCUAAUGACGCGGUGUUGUCGCUUUUGGGCCAGAGAUUGAAGGACCUCGUGAUCUUCUCCGAUGAGUUGAACCAUGCGUCCAUGAUCCAAGGUAUUCGUAACUCCAGAGCCAAGAAGGAGAUCUUCAAGCACAACGACUUGGCUGAUUUGGAGAAAAAAUUGGCCAGCUACCCCAAGUCGACUCCAAAGUUGAUUGCAUUUGAGUCUGUCUAUUCCAUGUGUGGAUCCAUUGCUCCAAUUGAGGCCAUUUGUGAUUUGGCAGACAAGUACGGAGCCUUGACCUUCUUGGAUGAGGUCCAUGCUGUGGGUAUGUACGGACCCCAUGGAGCCGGUGUGGCCGAGCACUUGAACUUCGAAGAUCACUUGCGUGCUGGUUUAGACAAGAUCCAGCAAGACUCAGUCAUGAACAGAAUCGACAUGGUGACCGGAACUUUGGGAAAGGCAUAUGGAGUGGUUGGUGGUUACGUGACUGGUAAGCGUAACAUGAUUGAUUGGUUCAGAUCAUUUGCUCCGGGCUUCAUUUUCACUACUUCGUUGCCUCCAGCCGUUAUGGCAGGAGCCACUGCUUCGAUUAGACACCAGAGAUCUACUUUGAAGGACAGAAUUGCUCAGCAGAAAAACACUCGUUACGUCAAGAACAACUUGGGUAGCAUUGGCGUUCCUGUUAUUCCUAACCCUUCGCAUAUUGUGCCAGUGUUAGUUGGAAAUGCAGCCAGUGCUAAGAAGGCAUCUGACUUGUUGUUGCAGAAGCACAAUAUCUACGUUCAGGCUAUCAACUUCCCCACCGUGCCUGUUGGCCACGAGAGAUUGAGAAUCACCCCUACGCCUGGCCAUGGACCAGAGCUUGCCAACCAAUUGAUUGAGGCUGUGGAUUCUGUGUUUAACGAAUUGGGCUUGAGUAGAACUUCUGAUUGGGAGAAGGUCGGAGGCUUGUGCGGAGUUGGAGAGCCAGACAGCAAGCCAGUGGAACACAUUUGGACAGAUGCUCAAUUGCAGUUGGUUGACAGCGACUUGAAUGUCAAUGUGAUGGAACCAAACAUUGCACCAAACGAGGUAAGUUCUGGUGUUAAGAAGUGA